UGCCCCUUUUGCAUCCUUUGCUAUCCUUGCCCUUGUCGCUCCUUCCAUCACAGUCACGUUCUAGCCACCACCCAAUGAUUCAUUUUUCCUCAACCCCCUCAGCCCCUUUACUAUCGCAGUCUCCGUCUCGGGAGGUCACUUUGCCUACGACACCAUGAAGGGCCAGUGGCUCUUGCUCGCCGCGGCGUCGACCGUCCGGGCGAGCUUCUGGAUGGAAGAAAUUGCCCACCAAGGGAAGGCUUCGUUCAAUCCCGACACCAGCUACCAAGUAUUUCGGAACGUGAAGGACUUUGGCGCCAGAGGAGACGGAGUCACUGACGACACGGCUGCCAUCAACAAUGCUAUCAGCUCCGGCAACAGAUGUGGCGGGAACAGCUCCUGCGUCGGAUCGACCAUCACUCCCGCGGUGGUCUACUUCCCCGCGGGGACGUACAAGAUCUCGGAAUCGAUUAUCGACUAUUACUACACCCAGAUUAUCGGCAACCCCAACGACAUGCCGGUGAUCAAGGGAACCGCCGACUUCCGGACCAACGCCACCCUCGCGCUCCUCGACGGCAACCCCUACACGGCUGGCGGCGGGCUCCGGUUCAAGAGCACCAACGUCUUCUUCCGCCAGGUCCGCAACCUCAUCUUUGACACGACCGACAUCCCAGGCACCGCGUACGGUAUUCACUGGCCCUCGUCACAGGCGACGUCGAUCCAGAACUGCGUCUUCCGGCUGUCCAGUCGGCCCGGGGAUGUCCACACCGGUAUCUUCAUGGAGGAGGGCAGCGGUGGUCUGGUGAGCGACUUGGUCUUCCUUGGCGGGAGCUACGGCGCCCAGCUCGGCAACCAGCAGUACACGAUGCGCAACCUGACCUUCGUUGGGUCGCGGAUCGGCAUCCAGCAGAUCUGGGACUGGGGGUGGACGUACAAGUCGCUGGCCUUUGUCGGCUGCGAGGUUGGCAUUAACAUGUCCAGCACCAAUGUCGGCUCUGUGGUACUGCUUGACAGCACCUUCACCAACGUCGCGACGGCCCUCCUCACUGGGCGGGACCCGACAAGCAACACCGGCCAAGGCUCGUUGGUUCUUGAGGGCGUCAAGUUCGUGAACGUCAAAACAGUGCUGGAGGGCCCAGGAGGGGCGGUCCUGCUCGCGGGGGAUAGCUCCGGUGGCCUCUACGAACCGGGAUAUGUCAUGGGCAACGUCUACGCGCCAAACGGACCAUACCACUUCAACGGCCGCGACCCGGGCUUCUUCCCCCGGCCGCCGGCCCUCCUCGACUCCCGCGGCCGGUUCUACGAGCGCUCGAAGCCGCAGUACGACCACGUCCCGGCAUCCAACUUCCUCUCCGCCCGCGCCUUCGGCGCUCGCGGCGACGGCGCCACCGACGACACGGCGGCCCUGAACGCGCUCUUCGCCGCCGCGGCCGCGGGGUUCGCGUCGGGGGCCGUCGCCUUCGUGGACGCGGGCUACUACCUCGUCAGCGACACCGUCUCCAUUCCCCCGGACGUGCGCAUCGUCGGCGAGGCCCUCGCGUCCGUCGUCCUCGGCUCCGGGCCGAACUUCUCGGACAUGGGCAAACCGCGGCCCGUCGUCCGGGUGGGCCGGCCGGGGGACAGCGGAUACGUCGAGGUCAGCGACCUGAUCGUGUCCACGCGUGGAGGCACCGCGGGCGCCGUGCUGCUCGAGUACAACCUCGACACCCCCGCGGCGACGGCGUGCGGGCCCGGCAGCCCGCCGUCGGGGCUGUGGGAUGUGCACGUGAGAGUGGGCGGCUUCGCGGGCUCGGAGCUGCAGGUGGUGCAGUGCCCCAAGGCGACGCCGGGGUCGGCGGCGGCGGCGGUGGUGGACCCGGCCUGCGUGGCGGCGUACCUGUCGAUGCACGUCACGCGCAGCGCGGGCAACCUGUACGUGGAGAACGGCUGGGUGUGGGUGGCCGACCACGACGUGGACGACGCGGCGGAGACGCAGAUCAGCGUCUACGCGGGCCGCGGCCUGCUGGUCGAGUCGGCCCGGGGGCGGGUCUGGCUCGUCGCCACGUCGGUCGAGCACCACGUGCUCUACCAGUACCAGCUCGUCGACACCCGCGACGUCUGGAUGGGCCACAUCCAAUCCGAGACCCCUUACUUCCAGCCCAACCCGCCGGCGCCUCACCCGUUCGCCGCCCGCGACGUCGCCCGCCACGACCCAGAUUUUGCGUCCGACUGCCGGGCCGCCACCGCCGGCAACGGUAACGGCACGUUGGGGGGCGCGCCGUGCUUCAUGGCCUGGGGCCUGCGUGUGCUGGGUUCGCGCGACGUGGUCGUCUUCGGGGCGGGGCUGUACAGCUUCUUCAACGACUACAGCACCAACUGCAGCGCUCUCGGCGCCGGGUCGAGGUGUCAGGCCCGCAUCUUCUGGGCCGGGCCGACGCCGCCGCCGGCGGGCUGGGACGCCACCGUCGAUGCUGGCGCAGACGCAGAAAAGCUGACGUCGCUCCAGGUGUAUACCCUCAACACUGUGGGGAGCGUAAGCGCGAUCACGAGGCAGGGGGUCGACGUUGCGCUGUAUAGCGAUGGGGUGGCCACCUUUGCGAGCACGGUUGCGCUGUUUAGGUACUGAUGGGGGUUGUUGGUGGCUUUUGCCUUUGAUAUUCUUCUGUUUUAUUCUAGGGUUGGUAUUGGGCGUCCUGGUGUUCGGAAGGGCAACUGGGCUUGCUGGUAGCUUGAGGAUAACCUGUCGGAGGGAAUAGGGGAACGGACCUGAAGGGAGAAAGGGAUGGGACUGGUGCAAAUAAGGGAGGGGUGAAACAAACACACUGACUGACAGGACACUGAUAAUGACUUGCUGAGCUGGUCAGAAAGGUGUGGUAGACACUAGUGUUCUAUCUGAGAUCAGGAUCAACAAGUACCUAGAAAAGUUAAUUGACAUAAUUAGCACUGGUCACUUUUUGGCUUGACAAACCUAAAGCUGUGAUCCA